AUGUCGUGGCAAACUUACGUCGACGACCACCUUCUCUGCGAGAUUGAAGGAAACCACCUAAGUCACGCCACUAUCAUCGGCCAGGACGGCAGCGUUUGGGCUCAGAGCUCCGGCUUUCCUCAGUUAAAACCUGAAGAAGUAUCUGGGAUUAUGAAUGACUUUAAUGAGUCUGGAACACUUGCUCCCACUGGAUUAUUAGGGAUUUCUUCAUAUCUGGAAAUUUUUAAUAAGCAGGAAGGAUCAUUGGAUGACCAGGUUGGAAAGCUCAAAAGGCCGAAAGCUAUGGCGUGUCGCGGCCGAAAAAGAUCCCUCGACCAACGACGACGGUGA